AUGGCUCCGCCACUCCAGAUCAAGGGAUACACCGUUUUCCCUGUGGUUUUCGACGCCACAUCGCACACCAAGAAGACCCUGCACUACAUGUUUGUGAAAAAACAUGUCACCAAAACGUUGCCGGAGUCGCAGUCCCGGUCUCUGUUCAUAGUCAAUAUACCCGUGGGCACCACUGUGAAGGCUGUGCGAAGUGUCUUCAGCGCGAUAGCCAUGGGCGCCAUUGUGGAGUCGUUGGCGACAAACGAGCACUAUAGCGAGCGCAACAUGAUAAAUUACGACUACGAGAUCAAUCUCACCAGACUCACCAACGAGGAGAUGUCGCACGAAGAAGAGCACCCCCAGAUCCCUGUUGGGUGCGCGGUGGUGACGUUUGUGGACAAAAAUGCGUUGAAUUUGGCGUUUGGAGCAAUCAAGAAACUUGUGAGUGCCUCGAGUGCAAAGUACCCGGUGUGGAAGUCAGAGCUCGUCACUGGCCACAGACGGUACACGGCUUCCAAAAAACUGGACUCGGAGCAGCUGGCAGCCCAGGUGGCACAGGCAAUGUCUGAUUUCCAGCAGCGCGAACAGCAGCUCAAGGAAGAGCUGACAAAUAUGCAAUCGAUGGUGGACGAGGACGGGUUCACGUUGGUUGUUGGAUCGCACAGAAAAACGAAAAACGGCAUUCUAGGGUCGCUGAAACGUGCUGCGGACCUGGAGCAGGACGAAAAGGUGAUGAAGAAGAUGAAAAAGAAGGAGAAACAGGACUUCUACAAGUUCCAGAUUAGAGAGCGCAAAAAGCAGGAGAUGAAUGAGAACGCGUGCGCCAGAUGAAGGAAAAACGGCAGUUCAAGCCUUUCUAGACUAUGUAACGAUAAUCUGCUACAGUCUUCCGCCAGGAGUCUCGUAGUUCAUCGAGUCGAGGUCGUCUGACUCUUCCACCUGUCUCAGCAUAAUGGAAGGGUUCAGUCCCAGCUCCUGAAGCUCGCGAUACACCACCACUGGUUUUUCGUCGUAUCCAAGCACUCUUUCCUGGUCUCCGCCGUACACAAUCACUAGAGCGUACUUUUUCCAGUCCGAGACGUGCAAAUUGUGUCUUUUCAUGGCUGCCUGGAGUAUUUUGUGACAAGGGUCUUCCGUUUUGGCACGCAGCUGCUUCAGGGGUUCAGACGCCGUGCUGGUACUGCCCAUUGUUGGCAGCGUUCCCAUAGACUGCGACAUCGAAAGUCUGUUAGGCUUGUGGUAUCUCGGCACGCUUUGCGAAGAGCCCGACUUGGACGGUGAGCGCGGCGACUGAGUACCAGAAAUGUUUGACUGCGAGGCUAGGUUGGUGUUGGACCCGGUGAAUUGGCUCUGAUCUGGCAAAAU